CAAACAUGAAGGCAAUCGUAGUGUUGGCAUUGUGCGUGGCCGCCGUGGCGGCACUGACCGAGGAGGAGGUUUGGCUGCAGUACAACCGCCGCAUGCCGGGAGAGUACUACACCAAGGGCUUGCCGGACAGCCCGCCGUUCCAGGGAAGAAUCGUUGGCGGAGUUGAAGCCGACAUUGCCAACUAUCCGUACCAGCUGUCGCUGCGCCGUGUGUCGCACAGCUGCGGUGCGUCCGUGAUCGCGGAGCGAUGGGCACUGUCCGCCGCUCACUGCACCUUCCCACUGCCGGCACCAACCGCCAUCACGCUGCAGGGCGGCAGCUCGAACCGUCAGCAGGGUGGUGUGAUCUUCGCGGUGGACCAGAUCGUCAAUCACCCGAACUACGAUGACUUCAAUCUGCGCAACGAUGUGUGCGUGCUGCACACCACCACCGUUCUGUCUGGUCUGCACAUUUCCCCGAUUGCUUUGGAUGCUGCUGGCGUUGAACAUGUUCCCGGUUCCCGUGCCGUUCUCAGCGGCUGGGGUCUUGAUGACGAUCGCGUGCUCCCAGUCAUGCUCCGCCGUAUCGAUAUUCCGGUGGUUGAUCAGGUUUAUUGUGUUUCUCGGUGGGAUCCGGGAUGGGUUACCGAUGACAUGCUCUGCGCCAGCGAACCCGGCCGUGAUGCGUGCAACGGUGAUAGCGGUGGCCCGCUGGUUGUGGGAGGACACCAAAUCGGUAUUGUCUCGUGGGGCGAUAGCCAGUGCGUCGCUACCCGUCCGGGAGUGUUUGCUCGUGUCGCAUUCCCAUUGAUCCGCAACUGGAUAACCCAGGUUACCGGUGUCUUGGGUUUGCCUGUGCAACCACCACACCUUGGACGGAUUGUUGGAGGAGUCGAUGCAAACAUUGCCGACUAUCCGUACCAGCUUUCGUUGCGCCGAUUUGAUGACCAUUUCUGCGGGGCCUCCGUCAUUGCUGCUCGUUGGGCUCUGUCCGCCGCUCACUGCACGUUCCCAACGCCGGCAGCAAGCUCGGUGCAACUGCGGGGAGGCACUGCUAAUCGAGCGGCAGGUGGCAUUAUCUUCAACGUGGAGGAAAUCAUCAACCACCCGAACUACGAUGAUUGGACGGUGGAAUUCGACGUGUGCGUGUUGCGUACCACGACAGACCUUAGCGGAGUGAACAUUGUACCGAUUGCGUUGGAUCCGUCCGGUGCAACGCAUGCACCAGGAUCGCGAGCAGUUCUCAGCGGCUGGGGUCUCAAUGAUGUCGGAGUUUCACCAUUCAUUCUGCAACGUAUUGAUAUUCCGAUCGUUUCCGAUGCGCAGUGUGCUAAUGAUUGGCCAACUGGAUGGGUUACUCCGGACAUGAUUUGCGCUAGCGAAGCUGGACGUGAUGCGUGCAACGGUGAUAGCGGUGGCCCACUCGUUGUGGGUGGACAGCAAAUCGGUAUUGUUUCGUGGGGAGAUCCGAACUGUCAAGGAUCGCCACCAGGCGUUUUCGCGCGAGUUGCUUUCCCAACUAUUCGUAGCUUCAUUCUGGACACUACUGGCGUGUGCUUUCUGGUCGUCACUCCGACGAUAUGCCUUUAUCGGGCUGACCCGUGUAUUUCUACUGAGCCACAUAGGGAGCUUAGUGCACAAGAUGUAGAAGGCAAGCAGUUUAAUCGACGCAUGCUACCGGAAGGUGCACAGGAAAUCGACGACCGUCAGGUGGGAGGCGUUGGUUCGCUGAAAAAGAUCGUCGGUGGCACAUCGGUAAGCAUCGAAACGCACUCGUACCAGCUGUCUCUGCGUAAUUACGACUACCACAUUUGCGGUGCAUCGAUCAUAUCGAGCGUUUGGGCGUUGACUGCUGCUCAUUGUCUGUACCCCAAUCCGGACCCCAAAACAAUAUCGCUACGAGCUGGAACGAGCAAUCAGUCGAUCGGUGGCCGUAUCUACAAUGCAUCGCUCAUCAUCAUUCACCCAAUGUACAACCCGAGCACGAUGGAUAACGAUGUGGCAGUGAUUCGUGUGGAUUCUUACAUGAUUGGACCGAACAUCGGAUUCAUUGGACUAGUCCCGCUAGGAUAUGAGCCGAUGGCUGGAGUUCGUGCCAUCGUCACUGGAUGGGGUCGUCAGAGCGACGAAUCGAAACAAUCGACGACACUGGCCGGAGUGGAAAUCCCCAUCGUAGAUAAGGUAGACUGCAUGAAUCAGUGGAGCGGCGUUCAGGUGACCCCACAAAUGAUCUGUGCCGGAGAGUUUGGCAAGGACUCGUGUAACGGUGACAGCGGCGGUCCGCUAGUUUCCGGUGGCCGUCAGAUCGGUAUCGUGUCGUGGGGAUCGACCAAAUGUGGUGGCCCGCUAGCGGCUAUCUACACCAACCUGGGCAAUGCGGCCAUUCGCACCUUUAUCAGCUCGACGACGGGCAUCUGA